UAUACAUAACCUAGCCUAAUCUAAUCUAACCGGUUUAUCACAUGGUGAUGCUUGGUACAGGAUUUCGUGUGGUAUACGUAAAAUAUCGACAUAAUUUCUGGGAACGUUUAUAAUACGCGUUUAUAACGCGUUUAUAAUUGGAAGUUAACUUUUCGUGACGAUCUAUUGUUUCCCAUGAAUUCGUCAAAUAUGUUGGUUGAGCCUAAAUUAACAAACACUUCGCCAAAUUUCGGCAAGCCACCGGAUAAACAGAAUCGCUUAUUACAAAACUUGGGAAUACCUCACAUAGAAUCUUUUAAUUACAUGCUGGAGGAUGGCCUUCUUGAAGGUUUAAAGGAUAGUCCACCAGUAUACUUGAAUCUUCCUAACAAUGACAAGAUAGCUCUGUGGUUAGAUGAUGUGUGCAUCUACCAACCUACUGUACCUACUGGUGUAAUUGGUGUGAAGAAUUACAAGAUAUAUCCAACUGAGUGUCGUCAGAGAGGUAGUACUUAUAGAGGUAAAAUAACAGUAAAACUAGGCUGGUCCAUCAAUGGUGUACAGCAAGAAACUCUUGAAAAGGAUUUGGGAGAGGUCCCAAUCAUGGUCAAGUCUAAUCGAUGUUACCUGAAUAAAAUGAAUCCCAAGCAAUUAGUUGAACAUGGUGAACAUGAACAAGAAUGGGGGGGUUAUUUUAUAAUUAAAGGAUUGGAGCGAAUCGUACGAAUGUUACUGAUGACAAGGCGAAAUUAUCCUAUUGCAAUGAAGAGAUCAGGAUGGAAGAGCCGUGGUAUACAAUUUAGUGAUCUUGGUAUCCUCUUGAGAACUGUUCGGGAUGAUAAUACUGCAACAACUAAUGUAUUGCAUUAUGUAAUGGAUGGCUCUGCAAAAUUCAUGUUUAUGUAUAGGAAGGUUCUUUAUUAUGUGCCCUUAUUACUGAUGUUAAAAUGUUUAAUAGACAUUACUGAUGUCUGCAUUUACAAUGCAUUGAUUGCUGGAUGUGAGGACGAUCUCUAUUACAAGGGUUGUAUCUUGAACAUGCUACGUGCGGUUCACGAAGAAAAUCUUCACUCACACGAACAAUGCAAAGCAUACAUCGGCAAGAUCUUCAGGGUAAAAUUUUUUGAGGCACCGCCAGAUGCAACCGACAUCGACAUUUGCGAUUACAUUAUUAAGCAUUGCGUCGCUAUUCAUUUGAACAAGCCCGCUGACAAAUUUCACUUGCUUGUAUUCAUGACGAAGAAGCUGUUCACUUUCGCUAACAAUAAAUGCGCUGUCGAGGGUGCCGACGGUGUGAUGAUGCAGGAAUGUUUGCUGGGCGGUCAUUUGUAUCUUCAAGUUAUCAAAGAGAAGCUGAUAUCGUGGCUGACCUCGUUGAAAAUAACCAUCCUCAAACGUGCCAACAGUGCCGGCAAUAGAUAUAUCUUGACUGUUCAGGAGAUGCUAAACGCCAGUAAAUUCGGGAGCAGCAUCGAGUCGCAAAUGGAGAACUUCUUGUCUACAGGAAACCUAAAGUCGUCUACGGGCUUAGGUCUGACUCAGAGCACUGGCUUGACAAUUGUCGCGGAAAAUAUCAACAGAAUGCGUUAUAUGAGCCAUUUUCGCGCGAUACAUAGAGGCUCAUUCUUCCAAGAAAUGAGGACUACCGAGACUAGGCAGUUAUUACCCGAUGCUUGGGGAUUCAUCUGUCCAGUUCAUACACCGGAUGGUACUCCUUGCGGGCUGCUUAAUCACCUAACAAUGAAUUGUAUCGUCACGAAGCAUCCGGAUUGCAAAUUGAAAGCUGCGAUACCGAGAAUAUUAGUGGAUCUGGGGAUGAUUCCAUUAUCUAUUGCGAAUAAUUGGAAGAACUCGUACACGGUAAUGUUAGACGGCAAAGUGAUCGGCUUGAUCGAGGAUAAUAUUAUUAACAGGGUGACCUGCAAACUGAGGGAGUUGAAAGUUAAUGGUGAAGAGGUGCCGAACACAUUGGAGAUCGCUUUAGUGCCGAAGAAGACUAUCCCAGCUCAAUAUCCAGGUCUGUACCUUUUCACUAAUGCCGCCAGAAUGAUGAGACCGGUGAUCAAUCUGGCCACGCAAAAGAUUGAACUUAUUGGAACGUUCGAGCAGGUUUACCUGGACAUUUGUGUAAUCCCCGAAGAAGCUUACGAUGGAUUGACGUCUCAUCAAGAAUUAAGCAAUACGACCAUCCUCAGCAAUCUUGCGUGUCUCAUUCCGAUGCCGGACUGCAAUCAAAGUCCGAGAAAUAUGUAUCAGUGUCAGAUGGGGAAACAAACGAUGGGCACACCAUGUCACAACUGGCAGCUUCAGUCGCAGACCAAGUUGUACAGGCUCCAAACGCCCGCGACCCCAUUCUUCAGACCUGUGCAUUAUGAUAAUAUCAAUAUGGAUGAUUUCGCGAUGGGUACCAAUGCAAUAAUCGCUGUUAUCUCGUACACGGGAUACGACAUGGAAGACGCGAUGGUCAUCAAUAAGGCGGCGUAUGACCGCGGUUUCGCGUACGGGAUGAUCUAUAAGUCCGAGUUCGUCGAUUUGAAUGACCAGCGAAGUUAUUUCGCCCGCAAUCCAGACAAAACUUGCCUCGGGGAAACGUUGGACGUCGAUGGUUUACCCAUGAUAGGCACUCGUAUCAAAGAGGGUGAUAUAUAUUAUUGUUAUUACGAUGCGGAUCAAUCCACUUACGUCACCGGGACAUAUUAUAGUAAGGAGGACGCCUACGUUGAUAACGUGAAACUAUGUGGCACAUUGAACAGUAAAAAUGUACGAAGAGCGUGCAUCACCUUCCGUAUUUCUAGGAAUCCCAAUGUUGGCGACAAGUUCGCAUCACGAGCAGGACAGAAAGGCAUCUGUUCACAGAAGUGGCCAGCAGAGGAUUUGCCCUUCACGGAAUCUGGCUUGAUUCCUGAUAUCAUAUUUAAUCCUCAUGGUUUCCCAAGUCGUAUGACGAUAGCUAUGAUGAUCGAGGUGAUGGCUGGCAAAUCAGCCGCCGUACAUGGAUUGGUGCACGAUGCUACACCCUUCAGGUUCGACGAAGAAAAUACAGCGAUAGAUUAUUUCGGUAAACUGUUGGAACACGCUGGCUACAAUUAUUACGGUACCGAGAGGAUGUAUUCCGGCGUGGAUGGACGCGAGAUGAAUGCCGACAUCUUUUUCGGCAUCGUGCACUAUCAAAGAUUGCGACACAUGGUUUCCGACAAGUGGCAGGUAAGGAGCACUGGUCCGGUCGAUCUAUUGACGAGGCAACCCAUUAAAGGUCGACGACGGGGUGGUGGUGUCCGGUUCGGUGAAAUGGAGCGAGACGCUUUGCUCUCUCAUGGCUGUUCAUACCUGCUUCAGGACCGUCUCUUUCACUGCUCUGACAAAAUAAGCACUUCAGUUUGCCAAUCAUGCGGUACGCUACUCGGGCCGGCCAUAGAAAUGACGUCGAGCUACGAAAGAAGCAUCAAGUGCCGCCUAUGCGGCAAUGACGAGUCCAUAAAGACAAUCGAAGUACCAUAUAUCUUCAGGUUCCUCGUGACUCAACUCGCGUCUUGUAACAUCAACGUCAAAUUACAAUUUAAGAAGGUGUAAUCGUGCGAUUUGCCUUACGUGUGUGUAUGUGUGCGAAUAUGUAUAGAUUGUACGUAUGUGGUCUUCCUCAACAGAAUAACAUUUUAUUUUCAUUAUAUUGCUAACAUUCCAGAGAACAGAUUUCUAUUUAUAUAUCUAAAUGGAUUUACACGCAUGACGGGGACGUUCAUUCCGCUGACCCUCGCACAUUCAUCGCACAUCCGCGACGCGAUUGACGCGUCUGCCCACACGAAUUUGUAUAUACAUAA